ACAGCUUCUAUCGGUUUCUUCUAUCCGAACAGAAAUGACGCUAAAGUUGAUUGCUCUGCUACUAUGCCUAGGAGCUACGAUGCUCCGGGCUGAGCCUGUCCGCUUCGAUAACUAUCGUUUGUACGAGGUUUCGAUCGCCAACCAGAUGCAGCUCGAUGCCCUUCAACUGCUCGAGCAGUAUCCUGACGGAUACAUCUUUUGGGAAUCUCCAGUGCAAACAAACAUGAAAAUCAACGUGGUGGUACCGCCGCACAAAACUGCUCAGUUCGAUGAGCUACGAGCGCGACUCCGAAUCGAAAGCCGCAUGAAAACGGCCAACGUACAGCAGCUCAUCGACAAUGAAAGCUCCGUUAAAUCGAAACGCGAAACAUUCGGAUGGGAAGCAUACUACACGCUGGAGGAAAUGUACUCAUGGAUCGACGAACUGGUAGCGCAGUAUCCAAAUAUUCUCUCAGUGUCCACUAUCGGUCAGUCGUACGAGGGUCGAGAGCUCAAGGCAGUCAAGCUGUCGUACAAGGCGGGAAAUCCAGGAAUUUUCAUUGAAUCCAACAUUCACGCACGCGAGUGGAUCACUUCGGCUACCGUCACGUGGAUUCUGAACGAGUUUCUCACCUCAACCCAACCCGAUGUACGUGAGCUGGCAGAAAAUUACGACUGGUACAUCCUGCCUGUUGUUAAUCCGGACGGUCUCCACUACACCAAAACGACCAACCGGAUGUGGCGCAAAAAUAGAUACCCACAUAGCGUGCUUUGUUACGGCGUCGAUAUGAACCGGAAUUUCCCUGGCCAUUGGAUGGAGGGUGGCGCGUCAGCUGUACCAUGUUCGGACACUUAUGCUGGUCCUGAACCGGCAUCCGAGAUCGAAACGAAGCACAUCAUGAACUACUUUGUAUCUAUCAAGGAGAACAUUCAUGCUUAUUUUGCGUUCCACUCGUAUGGGCAAUACAUUCUCUUCCCAUAUGGACACACAAACACGGAGUAUUCUGAGAAUUACUACGACAUGAUGGAAAUGGGAGAAGCUGGAGCUAUUGCGAUUUCUCGGCGAUACGGUACAGCAUACACGGUUGGAACGACGGCCGAUGUACUAUACAUAAACUCUGGAUCAUCGCGUGACUGGGCCCAUGGUACUCAAGGAACUCCUGUUGCCGCUACGAUCGAGUUCCGCGACACUGGCUACUACGGGUUUAUUCUUCCUCCAGACCAAAUUGUCCAAAAUGCACUGGAGAUAAUGGAUGGACUCGUUGCUUUCCUGAGGAAGGGGAAGGAAAUCGGUUAUUUCACUGUUUGAAGCAAGGGUUCUUGUUGGUACAUUGUCAAAAACAAUCGGCGAGUCGUCAUAAAUAAUUCACAAACAAUAAAACUGUGUUUUUCUGGAAAAUUUC